CAAAAACAAAACAAACUAACCAAAACGGCGUCGAGCCAAAUAUCUACUCCAAACAUGACUGGAAAUACAGGCAAUCCAGUUGAGUUGUUGUUCCAGCAAAUUCACAAAGGACAACACUGCACGAACAAACUAUCUGUCCGUAAGAUAUACAUCGACGAAGAUCCAGCGAAGGAACAGUUAGUACCAUGUCCUCGCUGUUCUGAUCGUAAUCAACAAAACAUGAUGCGGUACCUGUUCGUCAACUUAAGUGAAGCAAUAUACAAAUGUGAAGCGUAUGAUUGUAUGUAUCCCUUCCGGAAUUUUAAGUUUAAAAACUUUGAAGAAAGCACCGUAUACCGAUAUGAACUGCAAUCACAGCAUGGUUUCGAUUCAGAUUACGUUGACAACUUGCCGACCAGUAGCAAUAGUUUCGAAAACACGAUCGAGCACAUCGGUUCGGUAGAUUUCAACAUGGAUUUCCUAUCUGGCGAAGGUGUAAGCGAGUUUAAGCAGCCACCAGCAUCAAAAGAAUCCCUUUCGCGAGCAGUACAUUGCAGUAAUCCUUCAACAAACUUCGAUACUGGAUUUAUUGAUGAAAUCCUGGAAGAUUUAUUUCCUUCCUCUUCGAAUCCGAUGUCCGACGUGAAGCAGGAACAGGAAACUAAGUGUGAUUCCGUCAAAACAAACACCACAGAUCACGUAUAUUCAACGUACAGUCCCGUUGCACCAUGUAACGUUGGCCGUAAGCUGGAAAAAUGUCUCAAAGUGUUUGAGAAGCCGAACAAAGUUAACGAAGAUGAUGUUUUCAAAAAACCAAAAGCACCAGAAAACGUUAACCUUGUCGUUGAGAAUAUCACGCCUACAAAACUAAGGAUAAAGAGAACUGCACAAGCGAAAAGUAAAGCACACAGCAAGGAAGGCAGCAGGCACAAGCACCGAACAGCAAAUCCAUUUCCAUUGGAUAUUGGUUCAAACGGUACGCUGCAAUUGAAGCAAGCAAGAGCGUUGGUCAAAAAUAAGAAAUUAAAACCACUAGACUUGGUAUGUAAACUUAAUACAAUGACGCAACAAAUAACUAAAGAUAGUGCGCCAGUAUUGUGUCAGCCAAUUGGGCGGAAAAGUCCUAGUUCUGCCAAAGUGCAAAAGAUGCUUAAUUUUAUACAACGCAGUAUGAAAACGAGCGAUGGAACAGAAAAUCGCCCGGCUAAGACUGUGCCGGAAGCUGAGGGGGACGUUAAUAGUAAAAAUAGCCAAAACGUGAUAAAAUCACACCCUCCAAUAUCUUUUUCUGUGCCUGUAAGUGCAGAUACCUUCGAAACCGGCCUCUGUUCAGCAAAACUAUCAGACGAAGCGAAUACAUCAAUUACCAUUGAAAAAUAUUCCUCGGAAAUGCCAACAAGUUCUGCUUCUGCGGGAAUGGAAAUGUUGUUUCAGUUUAUGGAAUAGUCACAUUUGUAAAAUGUUUAAGUAUGCCAAUAAAUUAGUUACAGGAAGUGUUCGAUAGACGAUUGUAAAA